UGCGAGCAGUGCUAGUGUAAGGACUUUUGGCAGCACCGAUCUCCCUUUUAGAUCUUUGCCCCUCCCCUUUUGCUUCACUCCGGGCUUGACACGUGACGGAGUCGUUCCUGCGGCGGCGGGUGUGAGUCUAUAGAAGAAGAGGCAACCGUGUCCUGACGAUCAUGGAUCUUAAGUGGUUUAUCUGUUUGACAUUUCUGAUUUUUGGUGUUGUGUCAACUCAUGCUCAUGGUGGUCACGACCACCAUGAUCAUCACCACCAUGAUCACGACCACCAUGGUCAUCAUCACCAUGACCACAAUGAAGAUGAUGAUGGUAUGGACAUAGAAGAUGAAUCAGAUGAUAUGAUCGAUCCUGAAGAAACAAAGCCAGAGUCCAGCACUCCACCAACAGCUCCAAAGGUUACUUAUAAAGCUCCUGUUCCAACUGGUGAUGCCUUUUUUGCAGAAUCAUUUGACAAAGGAACAUUGGAUGGGUGGAUUGUCUCCAAGGCCAAGAAAGAUGACACUGAUGAUGAGAUUGCCAAGUAUGAUGGUAAAUGGGAAGUUGUUGAAAUGAAAGAUACAAAACUACCAGGAGACAAAGGACUUGUGCUGAUGUCACGUGCCAAGCAUCAUGCAAUUGCCAGCAAACUGAAAAGGCCAUUUGUCUUUGAUAAGAAACCUUUGAUUGUUCAUCAUAUUGUUUUUUUCUUACAGGGCAUCUGGAAACCACGAAAGAUUCCAAACCCAGACUACUUUGAGGAUCUUGAACCAUUCAAGAUGACGGCUUUCCAUGCAGUGGGACUUGAGCUGUGGUCUAUGACCCCUGAUAUUUUCUUUGAUAACUUUAUUAUUUGUUCUGAGAGAGCUGUAGCAGAUGACUGGGCCAAUGAUGGCUGGGGUCUGAAGAAAGCUGCUGAUGGAGCUUCUGAGCCAGGUGUUGUGGGACAAAUGAUGGCGGCAGCUGAGGAGAGACCCUGGCUUUGGAUCAUAUACAUUCUUACAGUGGCUUUGCCAGUUUUCUUGGUUAUAUUGUUCUGCUGCUCUGGAAAGAAGCAACCUGCUGAUGCAGGGUACAAAAAGACUGACACUCCCCAACCUGAUGUAAAGGAGGAGGAGGAGGAAGAAGAAAAGGAAGAAAACAAUGAAGCAGAAGAGGAGGAGGAGGAAGAGGAGGAGGAGGAAGAGGCUAAAGAAAAUGAAAAAAAUGCAGAAGAAAAGCAGGUGGAUGGUGAGGAAGAUGCUGGGCAUGGAAGCCAGGAAGAGGAAGAAGAGCAAGAUAGAAAACCUCAGGAGGAAGAAAUUUUGAAUAGAUCUCCAAGAAAUCGAAAGCCAAGAAGAGAUUAAAUUCUACAAAACCUUUAUCAAUGAACUUGAAUAUUUGGCAAAGUUAAAUUUAAUUAAAGUUCAGUUUCUACCAUUGCAAAGAAAAUGACCACCUGGAAAAUAUUUGACACUGAAGCCACAAGACCUUGUCGACCCUCAAUUUGCAGCUGAAAACUUGAAGUCUUGAACAUUUUGUCUAGAAUUGGCAAAAUAUUCAGUGGAGCAAACAGUAUCAUUCCUUUUUUAAUAUAAAUGCAGUUAACAUUAGUUAACUUCUGUGGGAUUCGCAGUGUGACAUAAAAAGAAAUAACUGUAAUGGUUUCAUUUUAAAGAUCUUUUUAAAACCAGAAAAAAAAGAACAAUAUAGUAUUGCCAAAUUCUUCUGAACUUCAGUGUAAUAAAAUGUAUUAAUCCUAGAAAAAAGAAAUUAUAAAAACUUUAGGAAAAUAUUGUUAGAUUUAAAUGCAGAGUUUUUUUUAUGAAGGCUUGGUUUUGCUGUUCCUUACUGUUAAGAUAAUAUGCUUUCCACUUCAAGAUGGUUGUAUUCUUGCUCUUCGUUUUGUUUUAAAGUGUACUCACAAACCAGUGCAGUUCAUGCUUCUUUGAUUCUGGAGAGCAUGUUCAUUAUCCUUCCAUCAUGCAUGUUGCCCUUGGUUACUGUUAAGCCUCUGGCACUCUUAAAGGACGAGAGGAUAUUAUGGACCAACACAAAUGAGAAUUCUCCUUUUAAGCAGGUUCUAAGAUGCCCCUUUUCAAUGUGUGUGUGUGUGCGUCUUUGUAAAUAUAAAUAUAAAAAUACAUAUAUCAUUUGCCUUGUGUGCUUUCUUAGUUUAAAUGUUUUUGGUUAGUUUUAAAUGUCUUCCUUUUUCCCUUUUACUGUUAAAUUACUUUUAUCAAUGUUCAUUACCAGCUGAAAAGUAGGACACGUGCAUUUAUUUAAAAGCUGCAUUGCAGGCUUGCAAUACUUAGCAUUUCUGUCAAUAACUUUUGCUUUAAAAUUAAUAAUGCCACUGAUACAUAUUUGCUUAGUAUCCUAAGCGUUGAUUUUGACAAACUUUUUUCAUACAGUUAUACAUUUAAAAAUCUAAGCUCACACUAGCAUUUGCCUGUUCCUAACAUGGGAUGGCGGUUAUCAAAUUCAUUGCUGUAUGCAAUUUUUGCAGUUUAUUUUAUUUAAGAUUACUGUGUGGUUCUGAUAACAUUAAGCCACAUUAACAUUUGAUUGAAAAAUGCAUUUUAUUCAUGCCUGCAGUGCUGCUUGAACAAUGAAGGUUUGAAGUAGUAUGCUGAGAAUACUAUUCAUAUGUACUACAUAGGCAUCUCAUUUUUAUUUAUUCUGUUAACCAAUGUGUUGAAUCUAAGGUUUAUGUUCCUAACCCUAUUUCUCAGUAGUGUCCAUCCCCACAAGAACCAAAAAUAGACCAGGAUUUUAGCAUGUAUGUGAAUAUAGGUAAACUGCCUCAUUCUCAAUUGAUUGCCAGGGGGAAACGAUCUUUAAAGCUUGGUAAUUCUUCUGCUUAAGGUUAUUGAAAAUUUACACUCCUCCUAUGUCUGACACAUUUACAUUUUCUAAUUAAAGUACUUCAAAGUUUACGCAAUGAGUUAAGUUACCUACAAGGAAAACAUCCUUACUGCAUGUCUAAUCCUAUAGUAUUUCUGUGAUCACCAUCAGCAGUAAACAAAAAUAAUUGGAUAAAGAACCUCCUACUAAGGAAGUAAAAAUAAGUAUUAAGUAGAAUGUUUUUUGUGUGCGCUGGUAAACGAGCCUACAGUUUAGUGUAACCACGUGAGGUUUUUCAUUUGCUUUUGUAAGCUGUUGCAUCAUAACUUAUAUUGUUGUAGGGGUUCAGUGACUGAACAUAAUAAAGUUUUUAUAAAAUAAAAAAAA